GCGGGAGGGGCGGGGCCUCGCCGCGCCCAAUGGCGUUCGCUCUGCUCAGGCAUUCAAACAAAGUUCGAGGCGCGCGGCGGCGGGUUAUUUUGUUUCCAUUCCAUCGGCAAGGGACGGACCCGGGCGAGCGAACCUAGAGCGGCUGCGGUGAUUUUCUUCAUCAUGGAGGUGACAGGAAAUUUCUUCAGCAAACUGCGUGCUUUAGCUGUCACUUUGGAGAAAGAGGCUGAGCAACUUGAACAAGCAUUAAAUAGAGAAGAUACACAAUAUGAAGAUGAAUCUCCAAUGAGAGUUUUACAUGACCUGCAUUGUGAAGUCAGGACUCUAAAGGGUGAUGUUAACGCUACCGUUGAUCAGAGUCGCUCUGAAAGACAAGAAACUUAUGAUUUCAUGAAGGCCAUUAAAGUACUGAUGCAAAGAAAUACAACAGAUCUUGAAAAAAUAAGAGAACUGUUCCAGAAAUAUGGUUAUCAACCACUUGUUAAAGAUAACUCAGUGGAGAACGAGGAGGAAGUUAACCAUGCAUCUAAGGUAUCUGACCAAGCUAACUCUGAUCAAGAGAAAGUGGAAGAUAUGUCUAGCUUUCCUGCUUGUAUUGGGAAAACAUCUGUGCCUAAGGAUCCCCUGCGUAACCCACAGCUUUCAGAUUUCGGUCUUUCACAGUACGCAUUCUCCAGAACUUGGGAUGUGAUGGAUGUACAAUCCCAUACAAAUAUGCAUAAAGAAGAUUCAAGAAAUAGAAUUCCAUCUCCCAAACAGACCUCAUAUAUAGUGCCCAAAACACCAAAAUGUACAUUAAAGAUGGAUGAUUAUGAGUGUUUAACUCCAAAGCUUGAACAUUUUGGCAUUAGUGAACAUACCAUGUGUUUGAAUGAAGACUAUACAAUGGCACUUAUUAAUAAAAAUGUUCAGACAAGAAAAAAUUUUCCAAAGGAAGAUAAUAAUGAAAUGUGUGUGGCACCAGAAACAUCAUCAAAGUCCAGGGAAAUCAUGGUUACUCCUGGACCAGCAAUGAAAACACCUAGCGAAAAUGCUGUUGAUUGCCUGGCUUCUCCUUUGAUACCUGUGUUCUGCACUCCUGGUCUGAAAAUUCCUUCCAGAAAGGACAAUACCAUCUUACCCAAAUCCCCGAAGAUGAAAGAAUCAAAUAUUUCUAAUCAGACAGCAACACCCACUCUUCCAGACUUUGAAACAGGCUGGCUAAAAACAGAAAGUAAACCAUUAAAGGGGAACAAGGCUGAGUCAUUGCCAGAGAUUGAUGUGACAGUUGAACAACACAAAGAAGAUUGUGCUCCUCCUAUUUUAAGUUCUGACAAGUAUCUUGAACAUCUCGGAAGACCCUCUCUUCCAAAAAUAUCUGACUAUGAAAAUCUCCUUAAUACUCCUCCACCUCCAGAAAUAACAAAGAUACCAGAAGACAUUCUGCAGAUAUUAUCAAAGUAUAAUCCCAAAACACAUACACCUACAGUAAUGAAAAUGGAGACCAAAACAGGAAUUGCUACAAGAUUUGAAAGGAAUAUCCCAGAUUAUUGCAACAAAGAGAACAGAGGAUAUUCUGAAUCUAUCAAAUCAAAUGAUUGAGAGUGAGCUGAGCAUGGUUCUGGAUUUUGAGCCACAUUCAUGGAUCUUCUGAGUCUUACAGAACUUAAAGCAUUCGAAGAAAUAGAAAACCAGUGAAAAAAGACCUAUAUCUCAAUUUCUAAUAACUUUCAGCAAGACCCAAGGAACUAGUUAUGCAAAACUCUCAUGGAAAAGAGAUGUACAUUGUCAUAACUUUGCCUUUCUUCAACAACAUACAUCUCCAUGGCACUAGCUGCAAACUUGGAAGUGGGAGGCAUAGGAGAAAGAGGACUUCUUAUACACAGCUGGGGCGAGUAAAAUCGUUUUAAUUAAUAAUUUGUACUAAAUCUCAUAUUAAAAUAAAGCACUCUCAAAAAUA